AGGUAAGUUAAGAGAGAACAAAAUAUCACUGUAGCAUAAUCUGUAGAUAUAUUUACGAGAGCUACGAGCCCAAUCCUUAGUAUGGGAAGUAAUGGCGGCGUGGGGAGCGGCCCUGCGGUUCUGCUGAGAGACAUUUUCCCCUCACACCGGCAAGAUUCUGACCCACGCGAGCAUGUCGGACUGUCCGGACAUCGAGUUUAAUUACGACGAUGCGGACUUGCCCGAAAAUGAGAUUGCCGAGCUGUACUCCUACACGGAGGGGCCUGAGUUCCAGCUUAACCUUAAGGCCUGGGAGGAGGUAUGUGGGGAGCUGGGUGUGGUACCUCUGUGGCAGUCAGCCUCGGAUGCCAGCCACCGGGCCCUCAUCAUCCGCCUGGCAGACCACCUGGAGCUGUCCGGCCGCACCCCACGCAUGAGGGCGGCGCGGGCCAUUCUCUACAUAGCCCAGGGGUGCUGGGGCGAGGUGCAGAGUGACAGGGAGCAGACCAUGUGGGCGCGACGCAAUGUGUUCCUCCUUGUCCAGUGUGGCGUCUGGCCCUCCUUCCUACAGCUGCUGCACCUCGAGAUAGAUUCACCCAGCAAUGUGGGCUCUUCGGAGGGGCAGCGCAAGUUGGCGGUGUCGGCGAGCCUGGCAGACUCGGCGGACCUGCGCGUCAUCCUCUCCGUCAUGUACACCAUCGUGGAGACUCUGAGGGUGCCCAGUGAUGAGGACACAGAGGCACAGACGCAGACUAGGCUGUGUUUCUGCGAGGAGUUGGGUCAGCCGCAGGGGGAGGACGAGGAGCUGGUGACCAUGACGCUGCUGGGGAUGGUGACCAAGUUCUGUAACUCCUCCGCCCCGCACUUCCCCAUCAGAAAGGUGCUGCUGCUGCUGUGGAAGGUGCUGCUCUCGGCGCUCGGGGGCACACAGCAGCUGGCCAUUAUGAAGAAUGAAUACCGCCUCAAGCAGGGUCUCCAGCCGUGCGAGGAGGACACCCUGGCUGUGGCGCGGACCAUGAGGGCCUCGUCGCCGCCCGCCUCUGCUGCCGACCUGAUAGAGCAGCAGAACAACCAGAAGAGGCGGCCGUUUAGAAGACAAGGGCUCAUGAAGCAGAGUAGCCUGGACGACAGCGUGGGGGAGCUGGAUCUGACGGCAGCAGCUGAUGAUGACGACCAGCCCACCAACGACAUUGACGAGCCCCCUGACCUGCCCCAGCCCCCCUCCCCUCGUCCCGGCACCCCCAUCGCCAAUAAUACUGUUAACAAAGGCCUCCCGUGGACCCCCAAGGUGAGGCAGAAGGACAUUGACGCCUUCCUGGACAACACGAGGAUCAAGUUUGUGGGGUUCCAGCUGCAGGGCGACCGCACCUCCCUGGCCGGUCUGCCCCAGCCCAUCCACGAGGGGGUGAAGGUGCUGAGCAAGCAUGUGUACGUGUCCCUCUCGGAGAAGCAGAUCAAGUUGGAGGAGGAGAUGACCAGGAACCCGCUCUCCCACCCUGAGCUGGAGGUCCCCCAAACACCCUCGGAAAUACUAUACCAGGCCAUGCUGCCCACCCUGCCCCAGUGCAUGAUCGCCCUGCUCAAGAUCCUCCUUGCUGCUGCCCCAACUUCCAAGGCCAAGACCGACUCCAUCAAUAUCAUGGCCGAUGUGCUGCCUGAAGAGAUGCCCAUGACGGUGGUCCAGAGCAUGAAGUUGGGCGUGGAUGUCAACCGCCACAAGGAGGUGCUGGUGAAGGCGGUCUCGGCCACGCUGCUCCUCCUCCUCAAGCACUUCCGCCUCAACCACGUCUACCAGUUUGAGUUCAUGUCGCAGCACCUGGUCUUUGCCAACUGCAUCCCCCUCAUCCUCAAGUUCUUCAACCAAAACAUCAUGGCGUACGUCCAGGCCAAGAAUUCAAUACCUCUUCUAGACUUCCCGGCGUGCGUCAUCGGAGACCCACCAGAGAUGACCGCGGAAGCCCUGGAGGCUGGCACCGGGGGUCUGGGGGGCGGGAACACUAGUCCGGGGGGGAGUGGGGGCAGUCCUGGGGGUGGCGGGGGGGUGUGUGGGGACGGGGGCGGCAUCAUCAACCAGGGCCAAGUCACAUGCUGCUGGAGGAACAUGUUUUCCUGCACCAACCUCCUGCGCAUCCUCAACAAGCUCUGCAAAUGGAAGCACUCGCGGAUCAUGAUGCUGGUGGUGUUUAAGUCCGCGCCCAUCCUCAAGCGGACUCUGAAGGUGAAGCACGCCAUGAUGCAGCUGUACGUGCUGAAGCUGCUCAAGAUGCAGACCAAGUACCUGGGCCGGCAGUGGCGCAAGACUAACAUGAAGACCAUGAGUGCCAUAUACCAGAAGGUGCGGCACAGGCUGAACGAUGACUGGGCAUACGGCAACGACCCGGACGCGCGACCUUGGGACUUCCAGGCGGAGGAGUGUGCGUUGAGGGCCUGUGUGGACCGAUUCAACUCACGGAGAUACAACUCAAAUGUAGACCCAGACUUUGAGCCACUGGACAACUGCGUGACAAGCGUUUUGGGGCGGCCGGUGGAGCUGACGGAGGAGUUCAAGAAACACUACGAGGUGUGGCUGCAACAGGAGGUGUUCUCUGCCUCUAUAGACUGGGACCAGCUUCUCGUGCCCAACAUAUGAAGAGGGAAAGCAAGGGAGGGAGAGUCGUGUUGCAUUCAGGGAGAGAAGUGAAGAGAGGGAUUGAAUUUUUGUGAUAUACUGACAUUUUAUUAUUUUAUUUUUGUUAUUAUUUAUUACAUAUUAUGGUUAUGUAUUGUUUAUUUUUAUUAUUAUUAUGAUCAUCAAAGGUGUUUUUGAUUAUUUUUUCCAUAGGUGUGUAUAUGUAUGUAAGAAAGAAAGAGAGAGUGGGUGGUAUCCUGCAACUUUAUUCAAUCCUAUAUAUUGUCUCCAUGGUGCAGUGGUUAGUGUGCCUAACUACAAUCUGAGGGUUUGGAUUUGAAUCCUGGCCCAGGCAGUCAGCAUGCACCCCACCCAGCUGUCUAUCCUUCCUUUUGGGAUGGUUGAUAAAUGGGUACCUGUGGAAACCUGGGGAAGGUAAACUGUGGUAACCUGGAUGUCACACUGGCCCUGUGUCCCAGGGUAAUGGGUUCUCACCUACCACAGGCUCAAGAGCCAAUGUGACGGAAAUGAGCUUUAGUGCAUGCACUCAACUUUACCAUCUUGUUUAGCUCAUGCUGCCCCCGGCAGAUUUACUUGAUCGUCUUUGGAGAGUUUCACUUGAGUCUGGGGCCAGUGAGACUGAGCUGAGCGCCACAGCCAUGCACAGCUAAUGUGUUUGCUCCUAACUUUAUCUUUCCUAAAGACCCCUUCUUUUUAGAACACUGAUCAGCUUUAGAUCAUUAAGUGGGAUCCGAGUAUGAUUUGGAUUUCCUCUGCUAAAAUAGAACGCCUGGAAGCAGAGCAGCAGAUCAAAACAACAACAAUGGAAAGGAAAAUAGGAAGGAGACAGAGUAAGCAAAAUGUAUGGAAAAACAGAGCUCAGUGCAUAGUAAAGUAUCAAGUACGAAGCAUCAAGGAGGCUCUAAGAAGCAAUGCUUAACAAUGGUCACAAGAACAAGAAAAAGAAAGCAGGAUACUGCGACUGGCCAUAUUUUUUCUACAGUUCUGUUGUUUAUUACCACCAUUCUACAUCUUUAGUGCCUACAAUAGCAUUUCCACAACACUAUCUUAACUUAUUAUCUCCUCAAAUAUUACAGGAGACACUCUUGGGGUACAUACUUACAAAUGAUGAGAAGCUGCUGUGUUGUAACUGCUUAGGAGCUAGACCGAGGGUGUCGCAUGCUACAAUUCACCUCUAGAUUUGGAUCAGGCAGAUCAUUUUUCAAACCACCCAGAUCACAAUAAUCCAGUUCUCGAUGGUAAAUAGAAAACAGGCUUUACAACCAGAUCAGUGAUCUAAAGCAGAUCAUUGUAAAUAGAAGAGAUCUUCCAGACAUACCAUUUACUGUCACCACCAUCAUUCUCACUACUACUAAUGAAUCCUGAUACCUGUUCUCCUUACUGCUGGGGUUUAAUGAACAAUCUGGUGACUGAGUCUUCAGAGUGAGAGGUCUUUGGAGAAGUGAAUGAUGUUAUGUAGUCCAUCUCUGUUUCUUGAGAACUGUGCCAUAAGAAAGCUGAUGUAUACUUGGUUCAGAUUAACUUAGCAAAUAAGUUAGCCUAUAUGCCAAGUGAGGGAAGAACAGGAGAGAAAAAAAUGAUGUCAACUGAAUGUCACAAAAAAAAAAAAAAAAAAAUGAAGUGAAAUGAACCAAUAUACUUUUCUUUAAUGUAACAUUGAAUGGAGAGAGAGAGAGAGAGAGAGAGAGAGAGAGAGAGAGAGAGAGAGAGAGAGAGAGAGAAUAAUGGUUCCAAUACCAUAUUUGACUUGUGUUUUCCCCUUUUUUUACUUUUCACACCUGUUCAUUGUAGGGAUUCAGAAGAGUUUGUCACCUAAUUAAUCCUUCUCCAGCUUUAAUUAUUUAUUAGGAGGGAAAAUUAAUCACUGCCCUGUUCUGAUUAACUUGGUAAAUAAAUCAAUUAGGGAUGUGUGAAAUCUGUGACUGUUUCAUCUUUGUACCUAAUUAAAAUUGAAUGAAUCUCC